AUGAUUCACUUGCCGCACAGUGAUCACGAUCGAAGAAGACAUGUUGCUGAGGAAGAUAGUGAUGGGUGUUACAAAAGACGGCGAACUAUCCAGGAAAGGACGGGGUCAGAAGCGCAUUUAGAAUCACUCAUCAAUCGCAUUAGUGAGAAGAAUAAUUCAUCUAUGGAAUCCAACUUGGAAAAUUUGGCGCAGUCACUGGGAAUCUACCUCAUCACUGAUAUAGAUCGCAUCAUCGAUAUCAUCUUAGAACACGUAUGUUAUUUACCGGAAGAAAUUACUGCAUAUUCGACUCUUGCGGGCUUAUUGAAUUCAAAAAAGCAAAAAUUUGGUUUUGAGCUUCUACAUCAAUUAUUGGAAGUUUUGCGGGAGAAGCUUGUAUCCGCUGAUUUCAUUCAUGCUUUGCAUAUUGUCAUAUUUCUAGCUGACCUAGUCAAUUGUCGUGUUGUUUCAUCCAGUUCUUUAGUGGAAUUUUAUGAAAGCUUCAUGGAAGCAGCUUGUGAAGAAAAUAUUCCGCAAGUUCGAAGUGACUGGUUUGUUUAUGCGGUACUGCACAGUCUUCCCUGGGCAGGGCCUGAAUUGAAUGAUAGAGAGAAGGAACCGCUUGACAAUCUUUUGGAAGGUGUUGAUAAAUACAUGCUUGAAAGGAGCACAUCUCAUGCUAAGCUGCUUCAAGUUUGGUCAGCAACGGAACAUGAACAGAAAGAGUAUUUGGAUAGUUUGUGGACUCAAAUUUCCAAGCUACGGGAUGAUAAUUGGGUAGAGCGACAUAUUUCACGAUAUUAUGUAGCAUUUGAUGGUUCUUUGGCUGGUGCGAUUACGCAUAAUUUACCGAUAUUUGUUCCACCACCGCAUACGUCAAUGAUGGUAUAUCCACUGCCUACUGUUGUAUUUCGUUUUUUCGACUAUGCCGAUUGCCCAGAUGGAGGACCAGUACUUCCUGGAGCUCAUUCAAUCGAGCGCUUUUUGAUUGAGGAAGAAUUAUGUUCAAUAAUCGGGAAUAACUGUUAUAGUAGAAAAGAAUGUGCAGCACAACUUGUCAGUUAUCAAAAAAAAACAAUGGUUCCAAUAAACUACAUGAUCUUGGAAGUAAUCUUUUCUCAGCUGUUCCGUCUGCCACAUCCACUAUUGCGACCUCUAUUUUAUGGAAGUGUGAUGAUCGAAUUAUGUAAAAUAAAGGAUAUGCCGCAGGUAAUUGCCCAAGCAGCAGAAUUAUUUUAUCAACGAAUCGACACAAUGCAACUUGAAUGCAUCGACAGAUUGAUUGACUGGUUCAGUUAUCAUAUGUCAAAUUUUGAUUACCGUUGGUCUUGGGCCGACUGGGACGAUUGUCUCGAUCUGAAUGACUAUGCACCUAGACGGUAUUUUGUGAAGGAAGUUAUCGAAAAAUGUAUGAGGUUUUCGUAUCACGAAAGAAUUUGUGAUUGCCUGCCAAGUUCAUUCGAAGAAAUAACGCCAGAAAAACCUUCUAUAUCAUUUUCAGUUGACGAAGCAGUCAAUUAUGAUUUAUUUUUCGUAGGAGAAAAAGAAUUGGUUGCCGAAGUUGAAAAAGCAUUUCGUAACAAAGUUGAGUCAAAGGAAGUAACUGAAAUGUUACGCGGAUUUAACGAGAAAGACAACGGCUUAGCAACACUCUCUACUUUCUUUGCAGUUAUGCUUAAUGCAGCGCAGAAGUCAUUUAGUCAUAACUUUGCAGCGUUAGCAAGGUACCAUGAAACAUUAAAAGAACUGAGUAGUAUUGAUGAUGAGUCUUCUACGGCACUCUUACAAACACUUUACAAAGUCUGGAGGCAUAAUCGACAUAUGAUAGUUGUAUUGAUUACCAAAAUGCUUCGAAUGACAUUACUAAGUGCGAAUGCCGUAGUGUCCUGGUUGUUGAGUAGUUAUGUUAAACAGGAGUUGCAUCGAUUCUGGCUGUGGGAAGCAUUAUUUAUAACUGUAAAGUAUGCAUGCGAUUGUACAAACCGAUGUAAGAUCAAACUUCAACAAAUGCAGGAAAGACGUGACCGGAUAGAACAAAAUGAUGGAGAUGCAUAUCGUUUGUGUUUUAAUGAAGAUGAUAAUUUGGGAGUAAUUCUCGAUGAUGACAUUGAAGUGACAAAGAAAGAAUUGAGUGAAUUACAGGAAAUGCUGAAAAAUUUAUUUUUGAAUAUUUUGCAUUACUGGUACGAACUGUUCGAGUUGAAGCAACAUAUUGAUAAAGAAUUAUUUGUAACAGCAGGAAUUGAUCCAAGAAUUUUGGAGGUUUACCGUCAAUUCGCUGCUUUAAAGGCGUGA